UCAGGAUUUGUUGAUGUUGAUGGUGCAAUAGACUGUACCCAUAUACCAAUACUAAAUCCUGGAGGUGACCAAGGGGAAAAUUUCAGGAACAGAAAAGGAAUAUUUUCAAUAAAUGUACAGAUUGUGAGUGGACCUAGAUGUGAAAUACUGGAUAUUGUAGCUAGGUGGCCAGGAUCUGUUCAUGAUAGUCGUAUUUUUAGCAACAGUAAUAUGAAUAUAAUGAAUGAACCAAAACAAUUACUAGGACGUCUCUUGGGUGAUGGUGGUUAUCCACAAUUGGGAUAUUUAUUUACUCCUGUACGCAAUCCACAAAAUAGAGCUGAAGAAAGAUACAAUAAAGCUCAUAUAGCCACAAGAAAUACCGUAGAACGACUAAAUGGAAUAAUCAAAAGAAGAUUUAGUUGUUUAUCUAGGAAGUUAGCUGCAAAACUAAGUACAACAUUGUUAAUAAUAUCAGCAUGUGCAGUGUUACACAACAUUGCAAUAUUUAGAUAUGAAAACCUACCAUACACAGAUGAAGUUUUGAAUAACAACCAAAUGUUUCAUCAAGAAUAUAAUGGACCACCUAAUUUGUAUGGAAAUAUAAAAUACUUUUUAUCCGGUAAUCUGUCAAAGAUAAUUGAUCGAUGGGAAAAAAUAAACGCGAUUUGCGACUAG